GGCAAUGCUAAGCUUCACUAGCGUGCUAUAGCUCUGAUGGAAGGCGUCAUCGAGCCUCACAUACGCAAACUUCCAUCAUAUCCUGUCUGUCGAUCCCGACCGACUUCGCGAUUCGGUCAAUGGCGAAGAAUGUGAUGUAAAGAUGCUGUAACCACGAUGCUUCCUAUCCUCAAUGAUGAAAUGUAGUGUCUCUGAAUCGAAUCAGAUCACAACAGCCACCUCCCAUCACAGGCCAGGGAGACCACGCUUGUAAAUAUUUCGUAAUGUCACUAAUACACUUCAGACUUCCGCAACCCUUGUUUCUGUUUCUGUCACUUUUAUCUCUUGUCCCGUCGUUGCUGGGCACGUCCAAUUAACCCGCCGGUCUCAUGGCGGGCCGUCUCAAAAAUGCCAUCAAGAAGAGGGCAUCACGUCUUUUCCAUGGAGGUGAUGCCAACACUGCCACUUCUGAGGGUUCAGAAUCGCACCCAUCAAGCAAGAGGAACAGCUCGAUUGAGGCGAGUAGGAACUCUCAACCUCGACAUCGGAAAUCUCUGAGUCUACUGAACAGAAGUUCAAAAACUGAGAGGCAUAACGGCCCUGAAACUUUACAGGCGCAGCCUACGGUUGGAGCCCAGAACACAGGCGACUUUCUAGCUCAUCCGGCAAUUCAACCGUUGAAAACAGAUCCAACGCCUAGAACGUCUAGACUAGAACGGCCGCGCCCCAGUCUAGAGCCGGAAAAUGCCACUGGCUCGUAUGGAGAUGAAACUGUGGAAGUUGCAUCUCAUCGGAUAUCUCAGCGGUCUUCAAUAGAGGCAGAACACUUCCAGGACGCUGCAUACCAGACAGUGAGGCCAAGCAAGGCGGAGAAUACAGACGACCUUGAAACGAGGUUGUCUCGGCUGGCCGUUUCUCCGGAUGAAUCAACACUUCCUGAAAUAGACAUCGACCCUCUAACACCAUUCGACCUCGUUGAGGAAGUCAGCCCUACUCAGGCAAGACUUUCACGAUUAGCAAUUGGUGAAGAAGGACCCGAACAUGCAGCGACGCACAUCAAGCCCUUAUCCCAAGAAUCAGACAUCAACCUUGAGUCAAAUUCAAGUCAAGAGGUCAAUAUUCGCCGGAACCUGGAGACCAUUCACCCUAGGGAUGCUGAGUUUGAACGUAUCAACGAGGAAGUUUGCGCUGGUACAAAUGGCGAGGCCAAUUUUCACCUCCAGAACAGCCUUGACUUCGACAGAACCGUUCACAACCAAGACCUAGUUGUGCAUGAGCAUAUUAGACCUCACGUGCACACUAUCUACGAACCAACACGUACACGAUCGAUCCACCACCAUGAGCAUCGAACUCUGAUCCAGCCGAUCAAAGAUCCAAAUCCAACGAUUCUUCCAGAACAACACUGGCUUCAGGAUGACAAGACUGGGGAAAUCUAUAGAAUUCCUGAUGAGUUGGGAAAGAAGUUGAUGUAAGCUGUGCUUGAUAUUGUAUUUGUUUGUUUUGCCAUUUGGAAAGCACAACAGAGGAGUACAAAGAGUCAUAUUGGCAUAUGGUUGCCACAUUGUAUAUGUAAUUCCAGUCACAAGCGUUACAGACACAACCAUAAGAUUCCAUCAGGCCGUGUUACGAAUCCUAAAGUAAGGUAAGGCUAGUCUAAGUAUAUGGAUCGCCUUUGCGUAUAUUAUCAUAAGAGCAUAAAAAUAGCCUAAGGUAAGAAAAGGGAUAAACAGAGAGCAUCAUGGAAUUCAAAGGG